CGUCACGUGUGUGCCGGUCAGCUGACAGUGAGAUCUGCAUAAAGACUCAUUACGCCGCACAGACGAGACCGAAAACACCCAAGAGAAGCAGUUCAUCAACCCAACAUGUUUCUCACGCUUCUGUUUAUCUCCACUGCGGUGGCAACUCCCCUGCUGGGUACGGAGCAGUGUGCCCGCGGAACCCCCUACUGGUGCCAGAACGUCAAGACUGCUUCACUUUGCGGGGCGGUUCAACACUGCCAACAGAAUGUAUGGAACAAGCCUCAGAUGAAAUCUGUGCCGUGUGAUCUGUGCAAAGAGGUGAUUGUGGUGGUGGAGCAGCUAUUGAAGGACAAUGGCACAGAGAUUGAAAUCCUUGGAUACAUGGAGAAGGCAUGUCAGCUGAUCCCUGAUGAGGGCCUAGCCGGACAGUGCCAGGAGGUUGUGGACAACUACUUUCCCGUUCUCAUGGGCAUCAUCAAAGGAGAGCUGAAUGACCCUGGUGUGGUGUGCGGUGCACUGGGCCUGUGUGUGUCCCAGCAGGCAGCUCUGGCCAAAGCUCAGCUCAUGUCUAAUGAGAUCCCUCAAGUGGACCUGACACAGCGUGUCAACCCCUUCCUGCUUAACAUCCCUCAGCUGCUCUACCCCAAAGAGAACGCCAAGGAGGAGACCCCCAAACAGAUGAGUGGAGACGUGUGUCAGGACUGCGUUACAUUCAUUACUGACACUCAGGAUCAGGCCAGAACCAACGCAUCAUUUGUCAACACUCUUCUGGCGCAGGUGGAGAACCAGUGCGAGCACCUGGGAUCUGGCAUGUCUGAUACAUGUAAGCAAUACAUCAGCCAGUACGGUCCCCUAGUCAUUCAACAGCUAAUGUCUAUGCAACCCAAGGACCUCUGCUUUCGUGCUGGUUUCUGCCCUACUGGACCCAAGACCGUGCGCAUGCAGGAGUUGGUGCCUGCCAAAUCCAUCCCUGCUGUCAAGAUGUUCCCCGCAACUAAACUUGAAACGCCUAUCAUUGACAAGCCUGUUAAGAAGAUGAUGCGUGUGCGUAACUCGCCGCAGUGUGCCAUUUGUGAGUAUGUGAUAAAGGAGGUUGAAGCAAUGCUCGAGGGUCAAACAUCUGAGCAAGAGAUUGUGCAGGUUGUGGAGAAGGUCUGCAACAUUUUGCCCUCCACACUCACAGCUCAGUGCAAGGACCUGAUUGAGGCCUAUGGACAGGCCAUCAUUGAGCUGCUCGUGCAGGAGGCCGACCCCAAAACCAUCUGCACAUUCCUCGGGCUCUGCACGGAGACGAGCCGCACCUUUAUCCCUGAAAUGGAGAAAGCCAAGUUUCAGAAUGGCGGUUUCUGUGACGUGUGUAAGAUGGCUGUGCGUUAUGUGGAUGGGAUCCUGGAGCAGAACGCCACUCAGGCAGAUAUUGAGGAUGCCGUGAGGAAGGUCUGCAAAUUCCUGCCUGAUGCAGUCAGAGAUGAGUGUGAUCAGCUCAUCCAGCAGUACGAACCUCUGCUGGUACAGCUGCUGCUCCAGGCACUCGACCCUGACUUCGUCUGCAUGAAGCUGGGAGCAUGUCCUGAGGCAGUGCAGAGGCUGCUGGGACUGGAGCAGUGCAGCUGGGGUCCUGCAUACUGGUGUAAGAAUGUGGAGACUGCUGCACGCUGUAAUGCUUUGGACCACUGCAGACGCCACGUGUGGAGUUAAAGGAGAGCGUUCCAGAAUCUUGGGGAAACUAAAGGAGAAUUGCUGUUGCACUGCUUUUCUGUUUUGAAAUCGAUACUUGGUUUUCAUUUUAAAAGUGACACAGAUUUAAAAUUGAAUGAUGUCACUGCCAAUUUAACAGCCUUUCAGGGGAAAAUGAUUUUUUUUUUUUUUUUUUGUGGGGGCAGGGGUUUGUAGGGAGGUAUGACUGGCAGGUAUAGCUACGUGUAUAUAGGUGAAUGGAAAUACUUGCACUGAACUUUUUUUUUUUUUAAAUGUUCUAUUAGUUGUACAAUGUUCCUUCAAAUAUGCACAUAGCAUUUGAGUCUUGGGAGGGAAAUUUAAAUGGAAAUAGCUAGUGCCUUUGACAGAUUAAGGGGUUUUAGACCUCCGAGAAUGAAGAUGAAAUGUAUUGGACUUGGGACCCCCUAAUAUCUCUGGCUCACUGUAACAAUGUAAACAAGCACCUGCAAGGCCAGUGUUGUGAUUUAAAACUUGAUUUUAAUAGUGACCUUUUGAUCCUAAUGGAAGUUAAUUCUUUAACUUUUGUCUUUAUUAAUGAGCUAAAGGGUAAAGUGAUGUUUAUAUUAAUUUGGCCCCUCUGAAUUCUUACCUUCAUGGCUAGAUCCUUCAGCUGCUUCCUAAAUGUUAGCAACACUUUCAGAUUUUAUCUUGUGCUUCACACUAUUCAGACUGAGUUGGUUUUUUUUUUUUUUUUAACAAUUGAAAUUAAACCUACCUAAACCUA